AGGUUCUGAACAAUUCAGCACCACCAUAGGAUACUGGGAUAAGGUGGUGUUCAGCUUUAAGGGGGAGUCUCCAGCUCUCCUCACCAAUCUUUAGGAUCUGAGCUGGAGAAAUACCAGUGGAUUCUUUCCCCCACUUGCCUUGCUCCUUGUUCUCCAUCCCUCCUUCUGCUCGAAACCCUGAUAAGAUCAAGGAGCCAGAGAAAACAAGAAUACUUACAGUAUAAGAUUGUACAGCACUAUCAAGGAAAUGAAAAUCCAGUUGCAACUUUUGUUGAGCACCUACCCUGUUGGAAAUAAGAAUAUUCUGAACUUUUGAAAUUAUUUGGGAGAGACAAACUGCAAUAGAGAUUAUUACAAAGCCUGAACCCAAACUCUAAACAACAUGAAUACAUCACUUCUUUCCUCUUUUGUGAAUCAUUCUAUCUACUUGAAUUUUUCUCAGAACUCCAGAAUCCUACACUUUGAAGAUGAAGAUUGCCAUGUACCUUUGGCCAUGGUCUUCACCUUGGCCCUGGCUUAUGGAGCUGUGAUCAUUCUGGGAGUCUCUGGGAAUCUGGCCUUGAUUAUCAUCAUCUUAAAACAAAAGGAAAUGCGCAAUGUUACUAACAUCCUUAUUGUCAACCUUUCCUUCUCAGAUCUUUUAGUAACCAUCAUGUGUCUUCCCUUCACUUUUGUAUACACUUUAAUGGACCACUGGAUUUUUGGAGAGGCCAUGUGCAAGCUAAAUCCUUUUGUGCAGUGUGCCUCAAUCACAGUUUCAGUUUUCUCUUUGGUCCUGAUUGCUAUUGAACGCCAUCAGCUGAUCAUCAACCCCAGAGGGUGGAGGCCAAACAAUAGACAUGCCUACAUAGGAAUUGCUGCCAUCUGGAUUGUAGCUAUGGCUUCCUCGUUGCCUUUCAUGAUGUAUCAUGUAUUAACUGAUGAACCCUUUAGAAACAUAACAAUCGAUGAAUAUAAGGACAAAUAUGUAUGUUUAGACUUGUUCCCUUUCGACUCUGUCAGGCUUUCUUAUACCACAUCCCUUUUGGUGAUACAGUAUUUUGGACCACUUUGUUUUAUAUUUAUUUGCUACUUAAAGAUAUACACACGCUUGAAAAGAAGGAACAACAUGAUGGACAAGAUGAGAGACAAUAAGUACAGGUCUACUGAAACGAAAAGGAUCAACAUCAUGCUGAUCUCUAUUGUGGUUGCAUUUGCUGUCUGUUGGUUGCCCCUUACCAUCUUCAAUAUUGUGUUUGACUGGAAUCAUGAAAUUCUACCUGUUGCUACCUGCAGCCACAAUUUGUUAUUCUUGAUCUGCCAUCUCACAGCCAUGAUCUCAACCUGUGUAAACCCUAUUUUUUAUGGGUUUCUCAACAAGAACUUCCAGAGAGACUUACAGUUUUUCUUUCAUUUUUGUGAUUUCCGCUCCAGGGAUGAGGAUUAUGAGACUAUAGCUAUGUCUACCAUGCACACAGAUGUUUCAAAAACCUCCUUGAAGCAAGCAAGCCCAGUUGCAUUUAAAAAAAUAAAUAAUGUUGAUGAUGAUGAAAAAAUAUAAAUCCCCCUAGUCCCAGACUUUUGGCAGUAUGAUCAUGAGUAAAGUGGGUUCAAGGACAAAGCACAAUCCUGUAACAAAAAGGGUGAUGCUUUUCUUUUUUCAAGGAAAUUUAAUUGUUGUCACUUUGAAAUUACAUGCUGUGAUUUUUUUGCUUUUUAGUUGCUUUAAUGGUCACAGCAAUUACAUUUGUAUCACAUUAUAAGAGAGACUUGGACCUGUUUCUACUUAGGCUGUUUAUCAACUGUCUUUUUUUCUGUUUCUUUGUGCAAAUAUGCACUUCUGCACUCAAAAUUAUCUAUUGUAUUUAUUAAAAAGGAAUAUUUCUCAACAGUGUGACUAUAUAUAAAUCCUCUGGAAACAAUAUGGGUUGAAUAAGGCUGUCACUAAAGAAGAUACAUACUUUGGCAUAAAAUUAGGUCAUUCUCAUUUGAAGAGGGCUUUUUUUAUUGGGGUUUUUGUUUCUGUUUUUGUUCUUUAUCUAGCUUUUGAGUUUUGUUAAAUAAAACCCUGUCAGAAUAACUAGACUGAGAUUGGCUUUUUAAACCUGUAAAGAAGUAAAUCGUAACAAUAAUUUGCAUUGUUUAAAGAGAUAAUUUGAGUACUAAUCACUUACGAGCAUAGAGAAGAUUAGGAGCCAAAAUCUGCUUCUGUUGGGCAAAAUCUAAUAAUUCUGAUAGAUCCACAGGCAAGAAAUAUUUUGGGUGGCACCUUUAUUGGACCAGCUGUAUAGUUGGGACAAAAUUAGGUAAGCUAUUGAAAGAUACCACCCAAAAAAUCCAUGCCUCUCACAUAUUCUUGGACCAUCACACAGUUACAACAUCACUCUCAGGCUAUCAUAACAUGGUGAAUCCAGAAUAAUUCCACUGACUGCCCAAAAAAACACCAGAUACACAAGAGCAGAAACAAGCUCUUAUUUUUGCCUUAGAUUUUAACCUAUUACCGCUGGUUUUAUUAGUACAGACAUUUUAAAUUUCCAUUAGAAGACAAAAACAAUUCUUUUCGUUGGCAGCACCUAGAAAGUAGGGACUGCCAAGAUGAAUUUACCACCAGUCCAAGGCCUAUGAACCCACAUAAAUCCUACAUAACAGUAGGAUGCCAUCCUCGUCUGUGGAUGCUAACUGGGAUUGAUGUGCUGGUCCUCUGAACAUGCUGGAAUUUCACCCUCAAAGAAUACGAUGAAAAUCAAACCCAACAGUAAAAAAAAUAUGUUGGUAUUGGCUAUCUGAAGCUUUUCAUUGUAUUUAGUUUAUGUUAAUAAUAUAUAAUCAUAUUGUGCCCCAGAUAAAAUGAUAAAGGACCUCCAAGACAAUGGAGGGGUUGAUCAAGAUGUGCAUAAUUGUCAGUGAGGGUUGUUUGUAUUGAUACUUACCCAACACCCAUUUAUUUGUGAUCAAAGAUGUUUUCAUUCUUCAAGUCCACUCAAAAUCUGCCCAUAUGUGCCCAGUACAGUUCUCUAUAUUAUAACAUUUUCAAAAGCUUAUCAACCUUUAGUCUACAGAAUAAAGAAAACCAGGGCUUGGUCUUCAGCUGAUGUAAAGCUAUGUGGAGUGGAGUAAAUGGAACAAUAACAAUAUUUACCAGCAGGGGAUCUAUUCCCUAAAAUGUAUUUUUAUAAAUCUAUGCCUAGCCAAAUAAUCAGCUGUUUCAUAAAAUAGAGGGCCCUGGCUUAAGGUUCAUUAAUCCAUUCUGGUAGUGGAAGGGGAUUUUAAAGCAGGUGGAACUGUAAAUGUGGCAUAAAUGAGGAUGGAGCUUAAUAUCGCUAAAUGAAAAAGAUCUCAAAGUGUUAAUUCAACAUACCCAACAUCUGAUUGGGAUACCUGCCUCGGAAUUAAAAAUAUUUUGUUUUGCUGAUGAUUAAAAGAUAAAAACUGUGCCUUGUGCAGUCUUAUAAGUAGUGUAUGAUGUAAAAUAUUAAGGUAAUGUAGCUUUGUACUAUAAUAAUUCCUUGUACUUAUUUGGGGAUCAUUUCUUUAAAGCUGGCAUUUCUAUUUUGGAAGGAAGAGAGGCAAAUACAGUACAUUAAAUAUAUUAAGAAAGGGGCACUUUGUUUUAGGAACUGGGCCCCUUUGAUGUGUUGUAAGUCUUUCUUUUCUUUCAUAGUUUUCUUGGUGGGAUGUUGCUAAUAUGUAACUAAGAAGCUCCAGCAAAUAUUUCCCCUUUAUGUGCAAUGGAUGAACAUUUUCACAGAUGGAAACAAUGCACAACUAAAAAUAUACCCAUGUUUUUUUCUCCCCAUUUUAGGAAAAACUAUAGAGGAAGCAGAAGUCCUUGGCAAGUUAACAUAUUAAUCUACUUUCUGAGCUGGAUGCUGGGGCACCUGUGCACUAGCACAAAGCUGUUCAAAAUCUGUCACAACCUUGAUAGGAAGAUUUUCAGAAGUGUUAACUUAUUUCCCAUGCUAAUCAUUUAUUAUAAUUGAUGGAGGUUUGACUGAGGUCACAUUACCCCUGAUGGUUGUAACAACCUCUUGAAGCUAUUGACAGUAAAGCAGAACUAAGACUGUUCUGUCUUCUGCUAAGAACCCGUUUGCUGCAAGGCUAGCUUAGAGUCCUUUGCAUUUUUUUCCUCUUCUAAGAUCAUGGUGCCACCUUCAGCCUCAGGUGACUGCAUAACCCAGCAUAUUUUUCAGGAACAGAAUAAUAUUACCAGUAUGAUAUAUGGUAUCUGGGAAUGGUAGUGGGAAAUGAACUGCAGGGGCAGGCUCCUCCACUGAGGAAAUGUAUUUGGAAACUUCUGAUAACAUCUGCAAAAUGGAACACUUCAGCAGUAAAGGCUUUGCCUCUUCAGGUGCAUUUUUAUGAGCAGCAGGGAUCAAAGUAACCUUUUUUAGGGUUGGGUGAUUUGACAUUAGCAUCAUAUGAGGAAAUCACAUCCAUGGAAGACAGGGAAAUCCACCUGACCUUUCCUCAAGAAACUCUUACUCCAGGACAUCAUCAAUUCUCUUCUUCAGUUUCAGGUUCCCUUCCAUGUCCCCAGAUUCUGGACUUACCAAAUUCCUUUGUAUUCUAUCCAGUGCUACAGUGUUAUGCUGUGCAUAUACACUCCACAGUUUAAUUUCUCAUUUAUUAAAAAAAAAUCAUGCCAUUUUGAUGUUUCUUCUUUUAAGUACUCUCCUGUUCCUUCUCCAGUUCCAGUCUAUGUCAAUGCCUAUCCAAAAUUUCCUGAAAACUGCUUUGCUUCCAACUUUCAGCCUAGAAAGAAAUUUUGUUGAAAAAGAGAGAAACAGAUGAGAGAUUCAUAUGCCAUUUUUACUAUUUAUUCAUUUAUGUACAGUGCAUAUAAUACCAAACUUCAAGUACAAAUUGAAUUAUUUAAUAAAAAUCUGUCAGCUUC